AUGCGAACAAAUGACAGCAAUAGUUUAAGAAAUAUAAUAAAUAUUGAUUUUAAUAAUACGCUCACAAAUAUUGCAAUUCCUCGAGUUUCGGGAACUUCUGGUAAUUCUAAAGUCAGAGAAUAUAUAAUAAAAAGUAUGAAAGAGCUCGGAUGGACAGUUAGUUUGGAUAUGUUUGUAGACAUAACACCACGUGGAAGGAAAUCAUUUGCUAAUAUAAUUGCCACAAAUAAUGAUAAAAUAUGCAAACGUCGGGUAAUUGCCUGUCAUUACGACUCUAAAUAUUUUCCGUCUUUUCCAUUCAUCGGUGCAACCGAUUCUGCCGUUCCCUGCGCUCUAAUCAUUCAUUUAGUGCGAAAACUUCACAAACAAUUUGAUUCUCACCGAUCACUCAAUAAGGAAUUGACGAUUGAAUUCAUUUUCUUUGAUGGAGAGGAAAGCUUUAAUGAUUGGACGGCUAUGGAUUCGCUGUACGGAUCCCGACAUUUGGCCAACAAAUGGCAAAAUACACGAUCAAAGUGUCCCAAAAUGAACAAUGACUUGAAUGGCAUCGAUAUCAUGAUUCUUCUGGACCUAAUUGGAGCUAAAAAUAUGGCUUUUCGUAAUUACUUCUUUAAUUCAAAAGGAUUUUAUGCAACUCUCAUGUCAAUUGAAAAGAAAUAUAACAACAAUAAAAACCAAUUAUUCCCAUCAAAUGGUUUAUCAUUGGAUGUUAUCGAUGAUGAUCACCGACCGUUCCUAUUAAAGGGAGUUCCAGUACUACAUCUAAUAUCUCAGCCCUUUCCCAGUGUAUGGCAUACAAAACAGGAUGAUAUUAAACAUCUCGACUUCUCUAUUAUUAACUUAUUUGCCAACAUUUUCAAUGACUUUCUAUUAUAUUUACAGUAUUAA